UUUUGAGCUUCUGGUACGAUACUUGGACAUUUCCAAUCUGGCAACACUGUGUAGAACAAAACACUGCACACUUCCUGAAAACAUCAUUCAGUCUGAGCACAGUUCCAGAGUCAGAGCAAAGAGAAUAAGUUAAAUCUAGUGGGAGAAGACUGCUCAUUUAGUUUAUCAUUAGAAAAAAAAAAUGCCUCCACCUCUUGUAAACAAGAAACCCAGGAACGAAUCCACCACAAAAGACAAAACAGGCACUCUCGACGACCCUUUGAAAUUCUUGGAUCAGGACUACCAGGAGCUGCGGAAGAGCUGUAUCACCAAUAAAAAGAGAUUUGUUGAUGACAAGUUCCCUCCAGACAGCAGCUCCAUUGACCCAAAGAAGAAACUUGAACUGGAUCUGGACCAAAUCAAGUGGUUGAGGCCAUCAAAAAUAGUAGCAGACCCUCAGCUUAUUGUACAGGGGGUGUCCAGGUUUGACUAUUCCCAAGGAUCUUAUUUAGGAAAUUGCUGGUUUCUUGCUUCAGUCGGGGCUUUAACAUUUAAGAAGGACGUCAUGGACCAGGUCAUGUCAGCUGACCAGUCAUCUGGCAAAGAUUAUGCAGGGAUAUUUCAAUUCAGAUUCUGGCGGUUUGGGAAAUGGAUUGAUGUUGUCAUUGAUGACAAACUUCCAACAAUCAAUGGCGAACUCGUUUUUGUCCUUUCAAAAACAUCUAAUGAGUUUUGGCCUGCCUUACUGGAGAAAGCUUAUGCCAAGGUGUGCGGCUCCUAUGCUGACAUGCAUGCUGGUCAUGUGUCUGAGGCUCUGCUAGACUUCACCGGUGGCGUCCAUGUGUGCUUUGAACUAGAAAAACCUGCUAUUGAUUUGUGGAGCCUGAUGGACCGUGCAGCCAAAACAAAGGCUCUGAUGGCCUGUGGCUCCCAUCAGGGGGUAAGCAGUGACCUAAGGCUUGAUCUUUCAUUAACAGAUAUUAUCAUCUUGAUCAUCUAA